CUUUAAAUUAGAACGUUCAACAAAAUUAAAUUAGCUCCUUCAAUUAGUUUUGGAAAUAUAUAAUAAUAUAGAUUUUACUAAAUGCGUAAUAUAUUGUAAUUUUUUUUUUUUUUUAUUUUUAUUUGAUAAACGUUGCAAAAAAAAAGAAAUGAAAAAACAAUUUUUCUAAGGGCGGCGUUUAUUAUCGAUCGCGUGUGGGGGUUUUAGAAGGAAUUGAGAGCAUGUGUACUUUAACACUCAGAAGUUUGUAACACAAAACAUGCUUUAUCGAGUUUUAUAUGUCAUCAUUAAUAUUUUUACAUUAUUUCAAUUUUUAUUUGGUGAAAGUAUUAUAACAAAAAAUGAAAAGCUACCUGAUAUCGAAUUGCAGACAUGCGUCGAUAGUUUUGUUAUUCAUAGGGAUAAAAUUAUCAGAACCUUGGAUUCACAAGAAAUGGGUGCAAAAUAUUUAACAGAAAUUGAUGUAAACUCAGAAAAUGAGUGCAUUAAAUUUUGUUGUGUAACCGAUCAGUGCGACGUUUUCAUUUUUGAAGAAAAAAAGCCGGGAAGCUGUUAUCUUUUCCAUUGUGGUCCUCCUCAAGAUUUUAAAUGCAAAUUUACAGAUCACGCUAAUUAUAGCAGUGCAGUGCUUACAAAUUACAAACCGCCGACAGUUUUACAAUUAGAAGAGCAAGUUCGAAAAACUCCAGAACAUGAACUUAAAUCGCUCAGAAAACAAACUAAUCCGGGCCUUAAGGAAUAUUCCUACAACGAACUUCCGGCGGUUGCAGCUACGCAGAUAACGAAAACGUCCACUGUGACGAGUCCAGCACCUGUUAAAAUUGAAUGUAGUCGAAAUCAGUUUGAAUGUCGAACGUCAGGCGAUUGUAUAGCAAUUUAUAAUGUCUGUGAUGGAAUUCCUCAAUGUCCGGAUGGUUCUGACGAAGGAGCUGAACUUCAUUGUCCAACGGAAAAACCAUCACCAACAUCGCCGCCUGUAAUUGAACAAAAACCGAUGCUUCCCUCAUUACCCGAUGUCUUAAGAUAUCAACAAAUGCUCCAGCAUCAUAAAUCUUAUGCACCCAUGUACGGUCAUGUACAAGAGAGUAAUUCAAAAUCAUGGCAAUCUUCCGGAUCUACACAUCAAGGAAUACCUCCACAACAACAAAAUCUUCCCUAUUUAGCUGAUCAAGACAAUCCAUCUCAGCACACAAAUUUUGGAUCACAGAAUUAUCCAUGGAAUUAUCAGCCAUAUUAUGAUCAAAAUAAAGAAAAUUUCGGUGGUUAUAAUUAUCAUGAGCAGAAUAAUCCUGUUUAUGAACAACAAUCUCAUAUAUUCAAUCAUAAAAGACCGGGAAUUAUAGAUGAAAAUCCGUCAGAUGGUGGAGUUUAUACAGAUCAAAAUAGACAAUUUUUACCGUAUUAUCAACAAUCUAAUCACGAGUCUUGGCAAGAAAAACAACCACCUCAACCUUCGGUUCCUCAGCUUGAGCAGCACAUUGAACCUGAAGUUUCACAAGAAAAAACAAAAUCGACCACAACACCUCAACCUUGUAAAAUUUCCGGAAAGGAUACAAAUGUCACAAAGAUUGAUGAUAGCCAUAUAAUAAAGAAUAAUGGGAAAAAUACAAAAAUUGUAGAUAAAAGUCAGAAUAAUGAAGAUUCUUUAAAGACAAAAUCAAUUGUCAAGGCAGAGACAAAUAUAAAAAUUAUUGAAAUUAAUAAAGAUUCUAAAGUAGAUCAUAAGAUAUCGGAAGAACAAUUAAAGGAAACAAAAAAAGAAAGUUUGGUCGCUCAGCAUUUUCGUCAUAAUAAUAGCGUUAAUGAAAAUUUAAGACCAAAAGGAGCAGUAAUAUCACUUGUUUUGGGAUUAUCAGUUUCUGCAGUUAUGGCUAUUUUAAUAGCAUGUAGAUUACGAGUAGUUAGAAGAAGAGGUCGUCGUGGACAUGAACCAUAUGCCCACGACGCAGACUAUUUAGUUAAUGGAAUGUACCUUUAAUUAAAUAAAAAUUUACAAAUAUUUUCAUACAUUAAACUUUAAAUAUUUUAAAAGAAAACUAUUUUCAACUGUCAAAUUUAAUUACAAAAAAAAAAAACAAUGCGAAUCAAACUUAUAUAUAAAAACUUUUUCCCGAUUAUUAUAUUAGCUCAAUGCUUCGUAUAUUCAUUUUUAAUAUAUUAUUUUCUGUCAUUAAUUCGUUUAUUUUUUAAAUUUUUUGUUUCGAGCUUUAUAUAAUAACAAAUAUAUAUAUUAAAAAUUUAUUGAAUUGUAAAAACAAUUCAAACUCUCGU